UGGUGAUGUUUGCCUAGGAAGGAACCGAGUUGCCACAGGCCCUCAGAGGGGUUCCAUGGGGACUUCCCAAGAGUCUCCAGGCUGUUCAAGAACUGGAAUGUCACAGGCAGAGACAGGGGCUCCAUGGAGACCUCCCAGGGCCUUCUGGAGAUGGUAAAGAGCCGUGUGGUCAGAGGCAGUCACAGCCAUUCCAUGGUGACAUCCCAGGGCACCUUGGGUUGCAAAGGCACUGAUCUGUCACAGGCACUCACGGGGGCUCCACGGUGACAUCCCAGGAGUCCCCAGGCUGCCAAAGAGCCGGGAUGUCCCAGACUGGCACAGGAGUUCCUGUCAUGGACAGAGUGGGAGCUUCAGCAAAAGCUUUGUUUCUUUAUUGGAGAAACUCCUGCUGAGUCAUGAGGUGGAAAAAUGGCUUUGAUUUUGGUUACAGCAGAGUUCUCCCUUCUUACCAUCAUGUGCUACGACCGCUACAUGCCCAUCUGCAAAGCCCUGCACUACGGGACCCUCCUGGGCAGCAGAGCUUGUGCCCACAUGGCAGCAGCUGCCUGGGCCAGUGGCUUUCUCUUUUCACUGCUGCACCCAGCCAAUACAUUUUCCCUGCCCCUGUGCCAGGACAAUGCCCUAGGCCACUUCUUCUGUGAAAUCCCUCAGAUCCUCAAGCUCACGUGCUCCACAUCCUAUCUCAGGGAACUUGGGUUCAUUGCAGUUAGUGCCUGUUUAGGACUCAUAUGAUUUGUGUU